AUGCAGGACCCGGUUGGUCAAAUUUUAGGGUGCAACAAUGAGGCACAUAUAAAUAUGGAGUGGUGCAAUCAAAGUACGUCAAUUAAAUAUCUUUUCAAAUACAUCAACAAGGGUUCUGAUAGGAUCUCGGCUGUUAUCGUUCCAAAUAACACUGGUCAAGAUGGAAAUACUGAUGAAAUCAAGCAAUACCUUGAUUGUAGAUAUGUAUCACCAAGUGAAGCUUGCUGGAGAAUCUUCUCUUAUUCAAUUCAUGGUAGAAAACCAGUUGUUGAAAGAUUAUUUUUUCACAUGGAAGGAGAGAAUUAUGUGUACUACAAAUAUUUUGAGCAAAUAGGUACUCUCCUACUUAAACCAAGUGUCACAGAAUCAAUGUUUACUUCUUGGUUUCUCGCAAAUAGCCAAUAUGAAGAAGCAAGGUCUUUAACAUAUGGACAAUUUGUGUCAAAAUUUGUAUAUGACAAGAGGAAAAGGUGUUGGAAACCACGUAAAAGAGGUUACACAAUUGGCCGACUCAUUUGGGUCCCACCAACGACUGGAGAAUUGUACUAUAUGAGGAUGUUGUUGUCCGUGAAGAAAGAGCCAAGAUCUUAUGAUGAAUUAAAGACAAUUGAGGGGUUCAAGCACAAUUCUUUUAGAGAAGCAUGUUUUGCAUUGGGCUUCCUAGAAGAUGACAAAGAGUUCAUUGAGGCAAUUAAAGAAGCUUAUAACUGGGGUUCUGGAGUAUUUUUGCGUAAACUUUUUGUUACAAUGUUAUUAUCAGCUUCAUUGAAUCGACCAGAACAUGUCUGGCUUUACACUUGGAUAUACUUAUCAGAUGGAAUUCUAUAUGAACAAAGACUAUUGUCACAAAAUCCAGAUUUAACUUUGUCAGAUGAAGAUAUUCAACAACUCACUUUAAUGGAAAUUGAGAAGCAGCUGCAGAAAAAUAGAAGAAGUUUGAAAGAAUUUAAGCCAAUGCCAUAUCCAAAUAAUUAUGUCCUUGACUUUCUUGGAAAUAGAUUGAUAUAUGAUGAAAGACAAUAUGAUAUCAAGGCUCAAGAAGAGAUUUACCACAAUCUAUUUCAAAAAUUAACGGGUAUUGAUUUUACUAUUAUUUCAAUAAUAUUACUUUAUGCUUUAUUAAGCCUUCUAUAA